GGAGAGGUCAGUCCCGACGGAUAUAAGGGGUCCUAGACGCCGUGUCCAGGCAUCAUUCGCUCUUCAGCCGAAGCACGAAACAAUCAACCAUGUACAAGCUCGUCGUUCUCUUCGCCCUGCUGGCCUGCGCUGCGGCCGCACCCGGCUACCUGGCGGCACCCGCUGCUCUUCACGCGGCACCGGUCGUCGCGGCGCCCGCGGUCGCGGUCGCCCACACCGUCCCGGUCGCCACCAGCUACGCCAACACCUACAAGGUAUCCGUGAAGAGCCCAUUGGUCGCCGCUCCUGCUAUCGCUUAUACCGCGCCGGUCGUCAAAACCGCGCCGUUUGUCGCCGCUGCGCCGUUCGUCGCCCAUGCUGCACCAGUCGCCUACGCCGCCCACGCCCCCGUUGUCGCCCUCCACUAAGGGAACAGCUCUAGCCAAGACUUCACAUGUCUCAUAUCUUCACGUCAUCUCCACGCGGCGACCGUGACGUGCCGACAAAGACGGCGCGUCUUUGCCGUCACACCCGGACAACGCGACGAUGACGAUUUAUCGGAACGACCGGCCAAUCGACCGACUCCGUCUGUUGUUUCGGCAGCGAACAACUCAGCCGAAUACCUCGAUUAAAUCUGUACCAACUCGCCCGCACGGUCGAACGACCGUUCGCUACGAUUAAUCAAUAAAAUUGCCAUUUCUGCCUUCACGUGAAA